UCUUGCUCUUCCUGCUUAGCUGUAUGCUAGUACGCGCGCAUGGAUUGUGACUCGGCAGUCUGCGGCUGUUUCUUCUAUGGCGGUCAGUGGUCCCGGUGCGUGCUCCUGCGGUGGUCCCUUGUUGGAGGUUUCUACCGAGGAUUUGGCUGCUCGCCUUCACAACCUGCGUGGUGUGGGGGGAGGUAGAAUAGCCACUAUAAUCCCUGCCCGGAGGAGAAUGGUGGGCGGUACAGCUGGCACAGCCACUGGCACACGCACCACCGCCCGUGGGGCCGUGAAAAUUGGACCGCGAGCUGGUGAGACGGAAAGUUACACGCUCCGGGCUGUGUGCUCUCAAGUAGUACUGAUGCACGUUGAUCAGAAAGCUUCUGCCGCUACUGCAGAAGUGAGCAACUCGCUACAGCUGCUGCCGCUGCUGCAGAGAGAGACGGCGGGGCCCCUAACUGGGGCCCGCCCUUUUCUUCUUCCGCGCCGCGCGCCGCGUUUUGGUUCGGCGGGCCGUUUCCCCGUGCUAUUAUCAUCUGGGCGGCCGGCGCGAGGUGCGACAGAGGGCCCGAGGCUGCUUGCAGCGGCAAGCGUGUGGCGCCUACCCCGUGCUCUUGUUGGGAUGGAGCCCUCGCUUGGCCGGCCAGCGCGCACUUUGAUGCGGUCGGCCGUUGGGUGUUACAGCGCUGCUACCUGCGCUGCCGGGCGCUCGCUGCGCGCGAUGUCGCAUCACGGUCGUCAGUAGAUUUCAUCUACCGGCGCGGCGGCCCAGCCCGGUUGCGCAGCUGGUUCCUCAGGAGGCGCUUGCGCGUGUUGCUGUUUUCCCUUACGUUGAUGUUGCAUUUGAC